AUGACUGGGAGUAGAGAUGUGAACGAUAAUUUCGAUUUUGAAGGUAUAUUUCCCUCAUGUAGAAAAGAAUAUUUAGAGAUUGAAGGUAAAACAUCAGUUUUGCCAAAUAAUCUAUUAAAUAUGUGCCAUAAUAUUAUGAAUAAUACUGGACUUUGUGGAACGCGUCAGAAUUCUUUUAAUGCUGCGAAUUACUGUAAAAAUCUUGGUAUUUAUUUAAAUCACAUACAAAGCAGGCACCAGGGGGAAAAAAAAAGAAGCUGUUUAUUUUUUUUUUACAAAUUGAAGCAUAUGGUGAAAACAUAUAAUGGAACAUGCAGUACGACUGUAGAAUGCUAUAAUAUAAUGAAAGCAGAUCGUCAAAUAAUGGGAUCGAGUAUGAGUACAUUUUUCACCCAAAAAAUUUCUGAUAUCUGUCAUGAAUAUGCAUCAAAUAAUAAUAUAGAUAAUAAUAUAUUUAGUAAAUUACAAGAUUUGGAAGAACUAUAUGAUAUUUAUGAAAAAUUCAUUGAACACAAUAACGAUGGUUGUGCUCACGAUAGUAUUAUUAAAGAGUAUAACCAAAUUAUUGCAAAAUAUGGGAAUGAAAACGCAAGUUUUAUGAAGGAAUUAGAAAAAAUUAAAGCGCAAUGUAGCACAUUUAUUGAGAAAUAUAAUCAGUGUCAAACUUCUUCUAUAAAUGCGAAACCAAUAUCAGCAGAUGAUCAAGUGAUAUCUAUCGUGACAUCUAACGUGACAUCUACGGAGACAGCUCCAGUGGCGCAUGCAGUGAUGAAUGUAUGGAGGCAUACAGGAACAGGUGUGAGUGCAUUCACAGUUGUGUUUUUAAUAAUUAUGUUAAUUUUGUAUAAGUUUACUAUUAUGGGCUCAUUUUUACAAUCAAUAGUAAGAAAUCUAAGGAAAAAUAUUAUGAAAAAAAAUAGUGUUCAUCAAAAUUCAAAGGAUUCAUUUGAUAGGAUAUAUAAUUAUUUGAAUGACAAUAAUUAUCGAAUAGCAUAUAUCUCAGAAGAGUAA